CUACGACAUAUAUUUUGAGGUCGUCUUAAUAUGUCUUAUCCAUGUGACAUAGUUUACAGCGCCCUCCUCCCUGAAAGCUUUGGUAUGACAUUCGACGGUUAACCACUGUGAAUGUAAAAAGCAAAUGGUUAUUAGAUUUAUAAACAUUCUGGAUUGUUUUCUUUUUCGUUUUGACAAAUGAUACAAUAUGAACCGUUAACUAACUUAUACUUUUACAGGUAUUACUUAUAUGUUAAAUAAACAACAAAUCCCCCCCUUCAUUUUGGUAUCGUUUGUUAAUGAACAUUUAUUUACUCGAGUUAUAAUAUUGUCGAUUAUUGUAUGUGUGACUGCGUUUAUAUCAAAUAAAAAAUUAUAGAAAAAAUGAAUAAAAUCAAGCCAAAAGUAGAUGGAAUGCAAAAGCCCACUUUGGGAUGGUUGGCAGAUCUAGAAAAUCAGAGAGAGAAUACUCGUGGAAAACUAGCUCACGAAUUUGGAGCGGGCGCACAAUGCCAUAAUUGUGAUAAUUGUACAGGGUUAGAACUACAUUUUUGGCGCAAGACAUGCCGAAUGUGUAAAUGUUCCGGAGAUCAACAUGACUGUAACGAAAACGAUCUCGUUGGAUACAUGCAAUUUGAAAUCCUCGGUCAAAAACGAUCAACCCCAGGAUAUGUAAAUAUAAAAAAAGUUUCCGAACGAGUUGACUGGAUUCCACCUAACAUUGAUAAUGAAUUGAUUACUGAAUACAUAAAUGACAUGGAAGCCGAUUAUAUUCCAAUAACCGGAAGCAAAGCAUCAAUGAGACGCAAAAUAAGAUUAAAUCAUCAAGUUCCUUUACAUGAUUUGGAUCCAUCGUUGUGCCAUAGCUUAACUGAAAUUGAAGCAUCACAGUUAAAAAAUUAUGUUGGACAGAUUAAAGAGCACAAUGUUGGUCAAGGUAUUGUUGUACGAGUUGAAGACAUUCCGCAUGCAAAUAAAUUGAACGAAAAUGUACCAGCAUUAGAAUUAAAAAGUUCUAUAGAAUCGACUUCAAAUGAAUUUUUUACACUUUUCGAAGAUCUACAAUUAGAAAAAAAUCACAAUCUAAAAAAAACAAAUAAUUUGAAGAGUUCAACAAUAACAUGCAAAGCAUGUCGUCAAAUCAUUAAUACAGGUAAGUGUAAUAUCCCGGUUGAUGUCAAAUUUCAAAAAAGUCGUUUUUUAACAUUAAAAUUUAUAAAAUAUGUACAACAGUUAUCAUAAGUUUGGCUUUUUAAAAAAUUAAAAUAUCAAAACCCGGAUAUAAAAAAUAA